AUGGAUAAACUUCAAGAGCUCGAGGAGAAGAAAAGGCAAUUGAGAGAAUUGAGAGAACGUCGACAGAACCAUGGUGGUAUUAUUUCCAAUCUUUUACAACAGAGCGUCCAGAGUCCCGUAAUGGUUUCAGCGUCUGUACAGACUGACGAAGUGGGAACUAUUAAAAGUGAGCCUCAGACAGUUCAUAGAGAAGUGAUUACUUAUGACAAGUCGAUUCAAGUCGAUUUGCCUCAAGAAUCAGCGGCUGAACAGGAUUCAAUUGCAAUAAAUGUCCCUGAAACCAUUGAUGAAUCGACACAGGAGGAUGAUAAGGAAGCUGAUGACCAACCCAAGAACGAAUCGGUUUUACAACCUCAAUUGAAAUAUCUAGAGCCACUGGUGGUGGAAGAUCAGAGCAAUACCGUUCAUGAUAAGAGUUUUUCCAUCUUCGAAAUAUUACAGGAGUCGCACGGAUCGCACACCUUUGACGGCGGCAGUGCCCAACCUAACACUGGAGAUCCAUUUGAACAUGUAGUUGAGUGGGAUUCUACGUUGACUUGCCCUGAAGGAGGAAGGCUGAUAUGUGUAUCCUUAGAUCACUACAAAGAUCUAAUCGUGGCCCUAUUCAGAUCAGAACCAGUAGCCAAAUUCAACAAAAUGGCGGCAACUUGGUCUCAUGUACGUGUUUUCAAAUGGGACACCGGCCAAAUGGUCGACAGUAUAGAUUUUAGAGGGCAAACAUUGCUCUGGGCUAAGUUUCUAAGACGGAAUACAUCUUCAAACGUGGUUCCUAUUCUCAUUACAACGUACACGGGCAAGACCAUACUGUGUGAACUAAGAUGCGUGGGUAAUACACAGAAUAAGCGAAUGGAACGCAAUUUAAUAAUCAAGAAUUAUCAUGCUCAUCCUAUUUAUGCAUUUGAUGAGUACAAAAAUGUGGCUCAAGGAAAAGAAAGAUUUCUGGUGGCAAGCAGUAACGGUAUUAUCAACGAAUUGAGUCCUUGGAAUCUUUCACCAUACAAAGACGCUACAUCUAAUACCCAACAACUAUGGGAAACUGUAGUAGAACCACCUAAAGCAUCAGAGAUUUACAACCUGAACCAUGACGACGACGACGACGAUAGUAUCGAGGAUAUGGUCAAAGAGGAUUUACACCAGCAAUGCUUCACUGAUCAUUUAUUGAGAGUUUCCCUGUACGAUGAAUUGGCCAUAACCUCACUAGCAAUUUGCCCCUCAAACCAAGAACAGAUAUAUGUGGGUACUGAAGAUGGCGGUAUCUACAAACUAGAACUCUCGAAUCUAACGACUAAAAACUCCUUAGUCAUUCACCAAUCAAAUCAUGGAUUUAUACCCAAUACAAUGGCACCAGCUUUCCAUUCCAGCCAUGUCGUAUCGUUACAUUUUGACCAAAAUGAAUUACUACUAUCAGCAUCAUUGGAUUGGACCUGUUGUCUUUGGGACCCCAAGAACAACUGUAAAUUGGGACAAUUCGAUGUCGGAACCCCAAUAAUUUCGACCGAAUGGCUAGAUGGUAAUAAAUGCGCUAUUCUCACCAGCCAGGCUCUUCUCAUAGUUAGCUGGCAUAUUACGAUCUCACUGGACCAUCGUACUAGAAUUAAAACUUACAAAUGCACCUCUCCGCCGCAGUUAGAACACACGUUUAACAAUCCCAAGGGUAAUUUUACCUGCUUCAAGACAUUCCCCGCGAAAGGUUCAUCGACCCUUUUGGUAUUAGGUUCAUCUGACGAUACCAGAGUGCAGUUCUACCGCUUGAAGAAUCCUCAAACACAGUAA